UGUAUCUAUCCUGUUACGAGGUGCCGCCACGACCGCCAAAAAAAGGGAGAGACGAAAGAAAGAGAGAUAUUCUAGGAAAAGAAGAAAGGAUAAAAUCGCACAAGCUACCAUGUCUAAUGUCCAAGACAAGCCGCUCAAUGAGCUCCUCUCGCGCUCAAUGGUAGACAUCUACGUCGGACCAGAGAACACGCACUGGAUCCUCCACGAAAAACUGCUAUGUCACCACUCACCUUUUUUCCGCAAAAUCUUCUACUCAAAGUCCUCGACGUCAUCACGCACGCAGUCCUUCGGACUCCCAGAUGAAGAAGACCUCCCUUUCAAGACCUUUGUCGGCUGGCUCUACUCCUCCAGCCUGCCCGUUCCCCGCGAGGAAGCCGAUCUUGGCACAGCCUUCGACCUGUACUUGAUGGCCGAGAAAUUCGAGAUCCCUGCGCUAGUCGCCGAUGUCCUGCAGGUAGUGCGCGAGUGGUACAAGUACAGCGAUUCGUACCCGGGCCUGCGCCGCGUGCAGUACAUCUACGCCAACACUGAGGAGUCGAGCCCAAUGCGACAUAUGCUCGUGCACGCAGUCGCGCGCAUGAUGGUGGUGGCGAGCACGGGUAUCCCGCCGCACUGGGACAAGGCGCUGCGCAAGAACGGGCAGCUGGCUGUCGACAUCAUCCGCGCGAUCCAGGACUGGCGGCUCGACGAGGAGACGGUCCCCGAUGCGCGUGAGGAACCGGCCGAGGGCGAGGAGCUCGUCGAUGUCGAGGGAGAGACGAGUAAGUUGGAUGAGCAGGCGGAAAAGGAAAUCGAUUCUAAGCUCGCGGGGAGAGAAGAUCCGCCCGCGUCAUCGUCUUCCGUGUCUGCGGACGAGAGUGCAGAGGACUCCGAGGACACGGUUGUCGAGUCUCUCGUUGAAGAGGCCAAGGGAAAGAAGGAAGAUGUCAAGGCUAAGACGCCGGUUCUUGAGAAAGAGUUUGGCAAGUUUAGCUUGAACGAGCGGGGGAACGCUGAUUACGGUACUCUCAAGGCGUAAGAAGUUGCACGCCGUCUAUCUUUUUUUUUUGGCUGGCUGGCUGGUUGAAGAAAUGAAAGAAAAAGGGAUGAGUGCGUGGUGGUGGAUCUUCACACAUUCUAGCAUUCCCUUCUCUGUCUACGAGGCUUGGAAAAAAAGAGAACGAAAAGGAGGUCUUUUAGGUGGUUGAAGGGGGACUUGGCGAAA